ACCGCGCGUUAAGAGUCAAUUGUAACUCAAAGAAUCAUCUAAGUAUAUCAAACUUGCCUCAUAUACAUUAUUCUUUAGGUCCAUAAGAUAUUUGUCACUUUGCAAACUUUAUCAGAAUUUGAUGUUGGAAUUUUAAAACGUCAUAUCAAAAUCCAAGCAAAAUAAAUAUAAUUACCGCUGAAGUGAUUUUAACGAUCAUCUGACAACUCCGCUAGGUAACCAACAACUUAUGCAAAAGCAAUAACUAUGAAACAGUUUGAAGAAUAGCUUCCGCAAAAUAUUGAAAAUGCGUUCGAUCAUUUUCACAUUGAUCCUUUUAAACUGUAAUUUUUUCAUCGCGCAAAGUUUCGACAACAAUCGUAUACAGGAGCAACACCGAAAGAUGAAGCGAAUGUUGCCGCGUUUGUACGCACAGUACUCAGAGGAUUCCGGUGGCGAGCAAGAGGGCGGUGCAAACCGAUCGGAAGGUGAGUGCAAGCAAAGCCCCAUGAUGGCAGGAAAUGCGAAACAAAAGGCCACAAGCAUCGCACAGAAAGCAGCUCAAGAGGCUAAAGCCGCGUCUGAAGCCCAGCAGGCGGCUGGCGAGGCCGCUGCACUUCAAGUGAAGGGACAACUAGCUGAGAAGGCUAUGCAAGCUGCCAAAGCGGCCGAGGCUGCGCUCGCAGGCAAACAACAAAUCGUACAGCAGUUGCAGCAGGAAGUGCGCGAAGCCGAGGCUGUCGUACAAGAAGAGAGUAGCUCACUACAGAAUGCACAGCAGAAUGUCAAUGCUGCCGUCAGCUCGGCGCAGCAAGCACAAUCGCAACUAAAAACGCUCACGAAGGCGGUGCAGACAGCGCAAGCGAACGUCGGCAACGCCGAACAGGCUGCGACUGGUGCACAGCAGGAGUUCGCCGAGAAGACGCAGCUGGUGGAGGCAGCUAAAAUGCGUGUCGAACAGCUGUUGCGGCAAUUGAGCUCCGCCCGACAGGAUUUCAAUAAGACAAAGGAUGCGGCCAUGAAAGCGGCUGCCGCUGCGCACGAGGCUAAGGUGAAUGCAUCACCGACUGGUCGUUGCCGUCGUAUGAUGCGUGUGCCUCGUAAGCGUCGGCUUGCCGUACCGCCGCAAACGAAGCAGUGAUACAUUUUCUUUCUAUAUAUACAUACAUUUAUAUUUGUUAAAAUGUUUAUUUUAGAAUUACUUUUUGUGAAUCGAUUAACUUGCAAAGACGUGCCUAUUUUUAUAUCCACAUAUUUUUUGAUAUUCCUUAAUAAUAAUAUUUAAGAAUGUCAAUUUA